GGACCCAAAUUAUAUUGUAGAACUUUGCAAGGAAAAUUAUGUAAAAAUGCCGCAGCCUGUCAUACGCCGCCGCAGCCGUCCUCAUCAGCAUUCCUGGGUGCGUUCAUGUGCCACGCGGCGCUCCUAAAGGCCUCGGCUUUCGCUCUCAAGCACUGCGUCCCUUCGUUUGCUGCCCGACCUCUAUCCAGCAAUCCCAUCGCGGAGCCGAAGGCCUUCCUGAUACCAAGUACGGAUCGAUGGAAUUCGAUGAUAAGAGCCCAUGUCAAUUCCGGCCACUUCCACACCGCCCUCUCCCUCUUCUCCGCCAUGCGAGAAGGCGGCGCUCGGCCGGAUCACUACACGUUUCCCCUCGUGAACCGCGCGGCUUCGUCUCUUGCAAAUCGGAUCGACGUCGGAGAAGCGAUCCACUGUCUUGCAGUCAAAGCCGGCUUCGCCGGCGAUGUCUACUUCUGCAACACGAUGAUGGAGGCGUACGUCAGAAAUGGCGGAGUCGGCAUGGCGCGUCGGGUGUUCGAUGAAAUGUGUAUGAGGGAUGUGGUAUCUUGGACAUCCUUGAUAUCCGGCCACGCUCGCGUAGGUGACUUUGAUGAGGCCUUCGACUUGCUGCAUCGAAUGCGAGCGGAGGGCUUGCAGCCCAGCCCAGUUACACUGGCGGUCCUACUGCGAGCGUGCUGCGCCGCGGAAGACGUCGCAGGAGGGUGCCAAUUGCACGGGUUCGUGAUCAAGAUGGGCUUCGGAGGCCAUGAAUUGGUUCAAAAUUCGAUCUUGACCAUGUUCAGCAAAUUGUCUUGCUUGGAGGUGGCGCAGAAGCUCUUCGACGACAUCCAGAACAGGAGCGUUGCCUCAUGGAACAUCCUCGUAUCGAUGUACUCUUCUAUGGGAGAUGUUUCCGGAGCCAUAGAUAGUUACGAGAAGAUGAAGAUGGAGUGGAGUCCCAGCAGCGAGACACUGACAUCGCUCCUCUCCGCAUUGGCGAAGUCCGAGGAUCUUCGACUGGGCAAAUGGGCACACUGUCAUGCAGUAAAAGCUGGGCAGAUAGAUGCAAUUCUGCAUGCUUCUCUCGUAGAUUUCUAUGCUAAAUGCGGAGAACUCGAAUUUGCAGUCCAGUUAUACGAAGAAGCUCAAACAAAGAGCAGCACUUUAUGGUGCAUCAUGUUGUGGGGAUUUCUUCAGAAUGGAGAAUUCCUGGAAACAGUUCACUUGUUUCAAAGGAUGCAAGAAGCUGGAUUUAUGCCCGGUAAGGAUGCUCUAAGGGUUUUGGUCAUGGCAUGCUCGCAUUUGGGUGUUUUGAUGUGGGGUAAAGGAAUUCAUGGGUACUUGAUAAGGAACAACACCCUGGAAGCUGGUGGCUCAGAUGAUACAGCACUCGGAACCUCUGUUCUCAACAUGUAUGCAAAGUGUGGGAGCAUCGACUUAGCACGAAGGUGUUUCGAUAGAAUAGCGGAGAAAGAUAUCGUAGCAUGGACCUCGAUGGUGGAAGGAUACGCUGUCCAUGGACUUGGCAUGGAAGCUUUGGACUUGUUCUACCGGAUGAAGGAGGAAGGUGUUAGACCAAACAGUGUCACCUUUCUGAGCUUGUUGUCUGCUUGUAGUCACUCAGGACUUGUGAGAGAAGGCUGUGAGUUGUUCGACUGCAUGAUCACAAGAUAUUGUAUCCGACCUGAGAUAAGCCACUACACAUGCUUGGUAGACUUGCUUGGUCGGUCCGGGAGACUUGGUGAGGCUCUUGAUGUGAUCACCGGUAUGAUCGCUGAGCCUGAUGGUCGAAUCUGGGGUGCUCUGCUUGCGUCUUGUAGGACUCAUUCCGAUAGUGUUCUUGGAAAAUAUGCAGCCAAGAAGGUUUUUGAUUUGGAACCAGAUAAUAUGGGCUAUCAAGUUGUGUUGAGCAAUAUUUUUGCUGGUGACGAGAGGUGGGAAGAAACUGAAAGAACUAGGAAGUUGAUGCACAGAGAAGAGGUAAGAAAGAAACCAGGUUGGAGCUGUGUUCAGGUGAAGGGGAUGUCCGAUGUGUUUGUUGCAGGGGACAAAUCACACCCUCAAGUAGGUAAAAUUUAUGAGGUUUUGGGGUGUUUGGCAAGGCAGAGUGAAGAAAGCAGAGAUUGUUAACAUUCUCGGUUUCUAUGCUGUUCAUGGAUGAAAAAGAUGAGGCAAAUUUAUGGAAAUCCCACAUAAAACUGUUCAUGAAUGAUAUAAAACAUGGGAUAUGCAUGAGAAGAUUUGAACUGUUAAAAGAAUGGAAGGAAGGAAGGAAGGAUACAAGACAGAAGGCAAGUACGACAACAGCAACAGAGAGCACUAAAACUGCUCCCGAAGCAACAAGCAGUGCCUCAUUCAUCUCUGACAAAGAAUAGUCAUUCUUCAUGUACGCCAACCAACAUAAGAUUCCUGCUACAUUUGCGAACCUGUGCUAGCUAAAGACAACGCAAUGGUUCCUAUAAUGCUAAGCUGCUGUUCUAUCAACUGUUACUAUUAUGAUCCAAAUCCACUAAAUCUUUCAUCGAGCUAAGACCGGUUGGUGGACAGAGAUCUCUCUCCUUAUAUCCUUUGGCUUUCAUGCUGUCAUAAACAUAAGAUACUACAGUUUUCCUCUGCAUUCCAGCCAGUCAUUAGUCUAUGGAGGGGUGGAAAGUAGUGGAAACCGGAAAGGGUCGUGGCCAGGAGUCCGAAAAGCUCAAAAGAUGGCUUUGCUUGUUAACCGAGAUGUAAACCAGUGAGCUGAGCUGUAGAGAUCCGUGGGGGCACCCCACCAUGUGUACAGCCUAUGUCACUUGCUACGAUUGCAGCUUUUAAUUGCCAUCCAUGUGGUCACUCCCUCCAUCACAUUAUGAUACCAGCUCCAUAUGUUCUGCCAUCUCCUA